AUGGAUGAUGAUCCAAUCAUCAGCAAUGAUCAGAAGGUGAAUGCUUUUAGGGGACGUAUUGCAAGCUACUACAAUGAGAAUCAUCCUCCAGGUACACCCAAUAGAAUUGCUAGUGUCAUACGAUCGCAUUGGCACAAUACCAUACAAAAAAAGGUAUAUCACUUCAACACAAAUUAUAAUAGUGUUUAUAGUGCGUAUCGUAGCGGCCAUAGUGAUGAGGACAUAUUACGGCUUGCAUAUGAAAAGUAUCGCGAGGAAAAUAACAGUAUUGCAUUUAAUCUCGAGCAUGUAUGGAGAAUCAUUAAAGAUCGUCCAAUUUUUACUCCACAGUCUGUUGAUCACCUUGUUGGCACGAAGAAGGCAAGGAUCUCAGAGUCGGGGGCAAGCAACGCCUCAUCUAACCAAGAAGCGAGUGUACAUGUAAACCUAAAUGAAGAAGAAACUCAUCUAAUGGGUCAGAAGGCAGCAAAAAGAAAGGAAAAAGGCAAAAUGAAAUCGGGCAUUGAAGGUAUGACAAUAAAUUUGGACAAUAUGUUUACAAAGUUUACUGAGUAUACAAGCAUAAAAAUGGCUGAAGUUGAAAUGAAAAAACAACAACUCAAAGUUGAGGAGAUGAAAGCAAACGCUACCGAGAUGAAAACAAAAGCUGCCUUAGCCAAAGUUAAAUUAAAAGAAUAUGCAAUCCUUUCGAAGGACACUUCACAAAUGACAGAGGAGCAAUUAAUCAUCCAUGAACAUCUAUGUCAAGAGAUUAAGGGAAGAUAG